UUGUGCUGCGUGCCUGCUCUGUCGCUUCCUCGUCGUGCCCAUCUGGCUCUGGUGAGCCGGCCAUCGAGGCUGACAGACGCUGGUACCCACCCCAGGGACAUAAACCCUUCCCAGAUCUCGGCUGGACCCCGGAGAUUGGACGCUUGGAGACAUCCUGUGGAUUCUGGUCCAUCAGCAGCUCCCUCGGCCCUGGGGAAGGUCGGCAGUUCGACGGAUCAGCCGAUUCCUGUCGGUGUCACCGUCCGAGGUGCUGGGAUUUUGCAACCUUCAUGCCGGAGUUGCCGAGGGGUUAGAAAGCCAGGAGGACACCGAAAGUUCACACAACCUCACCGCCCCUGAGAAGAUGAAGGCUGCUGGGGCUCUGCUCAUCUUGUGGAUCCUAUUUAGAGGCACCCUGGGUGGGCCAUGGAGCGCGUGGAUGCCGCAGACCAUUAUGGCCUUCGAGGGCACGUGCGUGGCCAUCCCGUGCCGCUUCGACUACCCGGACGAGCUGCGCCCCUCGGCCGUGCAUGGCAUCUGGUACUUCAACAGCCCCUAUCCCCGGAACUACCCGCCCGUGGUGUACAAGUCGCGCACCGGCAUCGUUCACGAGAGCUUCCAGGGCCGCACCCGCCUGCUGGGCGACCUCCAGGCCCGCAACUGCACCCUGCAGCUCAGCCGGCUCAGCCCCGAGCUGGCGGGGAAGUACUUCUUCCGCGGGGAUCUGGGCGGCUACAACCAGUACACGUACUCGGAGCACAGCAACCUGGAGAUCGUCGACAAACCCACCAUUGUGCCCCCGGCUGCCGUGGUGGUGGGGACGGAGGCGGAGCUGCGGUGCGUGGUGCCAGAUAACUGCCCCACCAUGAAGCCUGUGGUGAGCUGGUUGAACCACGAGGUGCUGGAGGAUCAGACUGUCUUCGGCCAGCUGGAGGAGGAGAGCGGCACCUGGAGCCAGGUGUCCCUGCUGAAGUUCCAGCCCUUGCGGGAGAACGACAGGCACGAGCUGGGCUGCCAGGUCACCUACCCCAACACCACCUUCCUCUUCGAGGCCUUCGCCACCCUGGACGUCAAGUAUGUGCCCCGGAUCCUGCAGGUGAACUCAUCCGUGGAGAUCACGGAGGGCUCGCACGUGGUGCUGGUGUGCGUGGCAGACAGCAACCCCAUGGCCUUGCUGGCGUGGUUCAAGGAGGAGGCCGUGCUGCGGGAGGAGCCGUCCACCAACCUGACGCUGGAGCUGGACAACGUCACCCACGCGCAUGACGGGAUCUACACCUGCGUGGCUGAGAACGUGUACGGGCGGGUGAACCACUCCCUGGCCCUCACCGUCAUGUACGCCCCGCGGAAGCCGUCGGUGAACUCCUCGGUGGUGGCAAUGGAGGGGGAGUCGGUGACUAUCCUGUGCACCACCGAGAGCAACCCCGAGCCCAUCAUCACCAUCUUCAAGGAGAAGCAGAUCGUGGCCACGGUGGUCUACGAGAGCGAGCUGCUGCUGGAGAUCCCCGCCGUGACCCACGAGGACGACGGGGAGUACUGGUGUGUGGCGGAGAACCAGUACGGCCAGCGUGGCUCUGCCUUCAACCUCACCGUGGAGUUCGCUCCCAUAAUCCUCUUGGAGUCGAAGUGCACGGCUGCUCGGGACACGGUGCAGUGCGUCUGCGCCGUGCUGGCCAAUCCGGAGCCCGUGAUCUCCUUCGAGCUGCCCACCCGGAACGUGACGGUCAAUGAGACUGACCAGGAGUUCGUCUAUUCCCAGAAGACGGGCUACACGGUCACCAGCAUCCUGACGCUGCGCGGGGAGCUGGACUCGCAGCUCUUCGUUGUCUGCUCCGCCCGCAACCUGUACGGCACCAAGAACCAGCAGCUCCAGUUCCACCACUCCAACAAUCUGAUGUGGGCGAAGGUGGGGCCGGUGGGCGCCGUGGUGGCCUUUGUGAUUCUCAUCGCCGCCGUGUGUUACGUGAGUCAGACGCGGAAAAAGAAAAACGUGAAUGAAAACUCCAGUUUUGUGCAGCUGGAGCACCCGCCCGUGGCGUACAGCGGCGAGUACCGGCCCCCAGGGGCCCUGGACAAAUCCGAGUAUGAGCGGCGCCCAGCCUCCGACAAACGCCUCCUGAACAAGCCUGAGGGCUCCCUGGACCUGAACGUGGACUACGCCAACAUUGACUUCACCAAACUGGCUACCAAGGACAGCUACACCCUGACGGAGGAGCUGGCAGAGUACGCAGAGAUCCGGGUCAAGUGAGCGCCCCCUGCCCCCCCCAGUGACAUGCCCUCUGCCACGGAAACCACGCCCACCAGAAUCAGGACCUGUCUGUGCCCCCAAAUCACCAGGCACACCCCCGCCAUGGAAACCCCAUCUACCGGGAUCAACCCCAUGCAGAGUGCAGGUCCUGCCCCGCCCAGUACUGGCAGGACACGCCCCCUGCCAUGGAAACCCCACCCACUGCAAUCAGGACCUCCGACUGAAUGCAGCUGGGACAGGGGCUGUCUCUCGCUAUGUGUCUGGGCAGCUUCUGGCACAAUGGGGCCCUGAUCUCAGCUGGGGCAGGGACUAUCUCUUGCUGUGUGUCUGGGCAGUGCCUCAUAUCCUGAUGCCCCUUCUUUGACAGCCCUAUGGCUGGUUAUGUGGGUCUGGCCCUGCACUGGGACCCAGGAAGACCUGCGGUUUAAAUCUCACCUAGGCUACAGAUUUUGUACUACCUUGAGGUAUGUCCUAACCUUGCUGCGUGCCUCAGUUUCCCCAAAUCUCUUAAUUUCCCCUGUGCACAAUGUGGCUUAUAAUUCCCUCCCACCCUGGGCUUUUGUGAGGCUAAAUUUGGAACCGACUGGGAAGCUCAACCAAAGCCCCGUUGAAUCAUUAAUGAUCCCGUUGAGCUAUCUCUGUAGGAGCCACGCAAGUACCUGUGUCGAUCCUCCCUAAACCCAUCCAGUCCUUGGUCUAAUUCCCCCAGUCUGUCUUUCCACGUGCCGAGGGAACAACAUCCUUUUUCUGCUGAGCAAAGACUUGUCUAUGGUACAAAGCUACUUAGAUCAGCACCGCCAUCCCCAGCCAGGAAGGGGAAUACACUAUCCUGGGAUAAAGACCCGUCCUACUGGGAUAACGGCCCUCACAGCUGUAUUGGUGUAGGCAGAUCAGCCCUGUCCUACUGGGAUAACUAGAUCAGUAGAAAAUCCCACGUCUAAUUGACAGUUAUUCGGGGGCGGGGGCGUGGCUCAGAUGUAAAUCAGGAGCCCAAAAAACCCCACAGCUGUAAUCUUUGUUUCUCACUGGGAUAAACAGGUGCUCACGGUUUGGGUUCGACCUCCUGGAAUUCUGUGCUCCAUCGGCACCAGCCACCCUGGGGGUAAAAAUUUAUAACAAAUCGUCAUUUAUUUUUGGCAUCAUUUUUGUACAGAUAUUUGCCUGGUGAUAGAAAACAAAAUAAAUAAAAAGCCCAAACUAACAAGGUCAAAGCUCUCUAACCAGCGCUUACUUCUCCCCAGAAACCGCCCCCUAACCUUGUUAACCCUUCCAGGCACCCGGAUCUAGGCUCUAUUUAUUGAUUAGCUGGAUGUGACAUGAUUAGAUGUUAAAUAAAAUAAAGCUUGAGGCUCUGGUAUGAUAAUAAGGCCGCUUCACAGAGCUCUGGCAGGUAAAGGAACCAACCACAUGAAUGACGUUGACAUGAGGGCUGGGUGGAAAGGAUCCAGGGGCCUCGCGAGGCAGCCAGCCGCCCGCGCUGACGCAGAACCAAGUAACCCCAGACCAUCCCCGUCAGGCAUUUCUCGAACCUGGUCUUAAAACCCACCACUGACGGGGAUCCCACAACCUCCCUUGGACUCCCCCCCGGAGAGUUAGGAAGUUUCUCCUAAUACCUGAUCUCAAUCUCCCCUGCCCAGAACAUGUUUGAAGACUGUUCUCAGGUUCGCCCUCAGCCUCCUCAUCUCUAGACUAAACAGGGCCAGUUCUUUUAAUCUUUCCUCAAUGGUCAACUUUUCUAAACCUCUGAUCUUUUCUGCUGCUCUCCCCAGGAGCGGCGGAAACUGUCUAAAAGUAGAGGGGCCACCAGCUCCUGAACCAUGGUCCCGCCCCUCCACCUCAGGCCCUGCCCCUUCUCUUUCUCCCUGCCCCCAUCCCCUCCCCUCCCCCAAGGCCCUGCUCCCAGGCCACCUCUUCUCCUCAAGACCCCACCUCUCGCUCGCUCCUCUCUCCCCUCCCCUCCACCCGGCACUGACCCUUAUGUCUGGUAGAAAGUGCUGGGGCCAUGGCCCCAUGGCCCCCCUGUUCCAGCACUCCUCGCUCUGCCCUGGACUCUCCAUUCGGGCCACCCCUUUCUGAACGGGCAGCACCCCCACCUGGACACGGUUCUCCAGCUUCGGCCUCCCCAGAGCAUGUUCCUGCCCGUUUCGUACGUCUGACACUCCUGUUUCCACAGCCCAGAACGACGUCAACUCGCAAAUAAAAAAGCUGAAAUGGAAACAGAAAGUUUCCAUUGACCCAAAAAAGAAAAAAUUUUGCUGCAAAUUUUCAUUUUGCAGGAAAUUUUGCCAUUUUGGAGCCUUCUUUGGUUUGAAAACACAGAACCCCCCCCGCCCCCGCCCCGCCAACCAAAAUUUAAAUUCAACCAGCUUUCGUUUCCAUCUCCUGAUAUUUGGCUUUGUGUUCCCAGAGCUUUGUAAAAGAGCCGCAGCCUAACCCAGCACGCCUCCUCCGUCGAUUUAUGCUAAGUCGUGUGGACAAUUCCCGUUCUUGGCUUCUAUGUAAAUAGGAAAGAAUGUAAAAAAUAAUUGAAGCCAGGAUUAGCACAGUAACUUUUCAGUAGUGUGUGUGCGCGUGUGCACGUGUGUUACAGGACAAAAUUGUGCCACUGGCUUAGCCAGCCCUGCUCCCAGGUAGAACUAGGCUUGCGAACAUAUCAGGACAGCUGGAUUAAUUCCAAGGUUAUGUCAGUUUCAUUGUGUAUCGUUGUUCCGUGAGGUGCCAACUGUUUAAUGACUUUAACCCAGCAGACUUUGUAUUCCCAAGGAAGUAAAAUGUAUUUUACAAAUCCA